GGGUCCCGGCUUCCCCGCUAUGGCCAAGUGGCUCCGGGAGUACCUGGGGCGGGGGGCACGGCGCUCCCCCCCCCGGCCGCCACAGCCCGACUAUAGCGAGCGCCGCCCCGCCGGUACCGGCGCCCCCCCCGCCCUCCGCGGCCCCGCAGCCUCCCCGCGGCACCGGCUGGUGCGGGUCGGGGGGGGGCGGCGGGGGGAGCAGGACACCCACCUGCAGGGCCCCAGCGAGAGUGAGUACUCGGAGCCCUUCGAGGGGGAGCAGGAACCGGCACCCGAGGGUGGCUGCGAGGAGCCCAGCGAGGCCACAGCCCCCCGCAUCUCCCAGCCCUGCGUCUCCCCAGGGUGCCCACGACAUGGCGAGGGGCGUCAGGCGAGGCCACGGCGGGGACCCCAGCUCUACGACACCCCCUACGAGGACUGGGACACAGCAGGGGAGGAUCCGGGGGUGCCCACCACCCGAGAGAGUCGUCUGCCUCGUGAUGAUGAGCGUCCAGCUGAUGAGUAUGACCAGCCUUGGGAGUGGAAGAAGGAUCACAUCUCGCGAGCAUUCGCAGUGCAGUUUGAGAGCCCUGAGCGCUCCCCCAGCCUGUCCCGGCAGCUGCCACGGACCCCCCGGCCCUCUGCAGGCACCAGAGCAGGCUGCCCCCCCAGCCCCAGGCACGUGGACACCUCGCUGCCUCUGGAGAAGCAGGCGUGGUACCACGGCCCCAUUGGGCGGGCAGGUGCUGAGACGCUGCUGGCGCUGUGCCGCGAGGGCAGCUUCCUGGUGCGGGACUGUGAGACCAGCCCGGACGACUACUCACUCUCGCUCAGGAGCAGCCAUGGCUUUGUGCAUGUGAAGCUCACGCGGACACGGGAGCAGCAUUUUGUACUUGGCCGUGCUGGGGCUGCCUUUCCCUCGGUGCCCGAGGCCGUGCGGCACUACACAGCGCGGGCGCUGCCCGUCCGUGGUGCCCGCCACCUCUCCCUGCUCUACCCUGUGGCCGUGCAGCCCCUAUGAGCCCAGGACCACCGGGGACCCCCCGCACUGUGCCCUCCCCCGUCCCACAGCAAAGCACCCCUAUUAAAAGCCAAUGUG